AUGGCGCAAGACAAGCGCAAGACAAUCAUCGCUUUUGAUCUAUACGGCACUCUCCUAUCGACCGAAUCCAUCGCAAAGCAACUCGCAGAGCUCUACGGCGACGAAGAUGAAGCCAAAACCCUGGCGGCGCAGUGGCGGCGGUAUCAGCUCGAGUACACAUGGCGUAUCAACAGCAUGGGCACAUACCGUCCGUUUUCCGACAUCACGCGCGCAGCGCUGAAGCAUGCCAUCGCGGAGAGAAAGAAGCCAACUCUCUCAAAGCAGGACGAGGACCGUCUUAUGGAAGCUUAUAACGGUCUCCAAGCCUUCCCGGACAUUGAGUCGGCGAUGCGCAUUGUCGAAGGGAACAGCUCCAUCGACGCGUACGUGUUUUCCAACGGGACGGAUGACAUGGUCAGCGCAUCCAUCAGAACCUGCCCCGAAAUCAAUCAACGCAAGAGCCGUAUCUUUGGCUCUGAGAAGUUGGUGACGGUGGAAGGGGCACGCUGCUUCAAGCCCGCUCCUGCGACGUACCGGCACUUUGCGGAGAAGGUGGGUAUGACUGGCAGAGAAGGCGAUAUUUGGCUGGUGAGUUCAAAUCCGUUUGAUGCACUUGGAGCGAGAGCGGCCGGGUGGCAGUCUGCGUGGAUCGACCGGGCCGGGACGGGAUGGAUUGAUGCACUGGGAAGCGUCAUUGGCACUGAGCCGACAAUCGUUGCUCAAGGAGUUGAUGAAGCUCUACAGAGAAUUGCGGAGCUCGGAAACUAG